AUGGCGUCCUGGUGCUCCGAACCCGACCCGGAGGUCUCUGGAGUCCCCACUGUUGGGGGAUGCAACGGCUCUUCCCUGCCUGGUGCCCUCUCUUGCUGCGAGGACUUGGCCCAGGGCUCUGGCCCGCCCAAGGCCCCUCUGGUGACUGAGGGUCCCAGCUCCUGCCUACCGCGGAACGUGAUCAGCGAGAGGGAGCGCAGGAAGCGGAUCUCCUUGAGCUGUGAGCGUCUGCGAGCCCUGCUGCCCCAGUUCGAUGGCCGUCGGGAGGACAUGGCCUCGGUCCUGGAGAUGUCUGUGCAGUUCCUGCGGCUUGCCAGCGCCCUGGGGCCCGGCCAGGAGAGGCAUGCUGUUCUUGCUUCCUCCAAGCAGACGUGGCCCUCAUUGCAGGAGAACGUUCUGCAGUUGACACUGUCGGGUCAGAUUCCAGCAGGUGUGCCAGACACUGGGGCAGGAGCGUCCGGCAGGGCUCGAACCCCAGAUUCAAAGGUGCUUCUGGAAAAUCCUUGGUCCCGGGAUCCGGCAUCAGCCCACCCUGUGGGUCCAGAGCCCCUCCCCCACAUCCUCGCAUCUUCCAGGCAGUGGGACCCCCCGAGUUGCCUGGCCCUGGGCACGGAUGAGUGUGAGGCGCUGCCAGGGCUGUGCCAGGUGCAGGGGGGGCCGCCCACCUUCCCAGAACCUUCCAGCCCAGUGCCGUGGCCCCCAGGCCUGAAUCUUCCUAAGGCCGAGAGGCCACCCUUGUCCUGGCCUCCAUUCUCACAGCAGCUGACCUCGCCUGUGAUGAGCAGUGAGGCCCCUGGCUGGUCGGGCCAGGCUGGACCCCUGGCUGUGGAGGCUGCAUCUCUGGGGGAGCCAGCCGACGAGGCCCCCAUGCCUGUGCAGGACACCGGGUCUCUGCUGGGGUCUGAUGUGGAGGAUGGGACGUCCUUCCUGCUGACCGCCGCUGGUCCCAGCUGGUGGCCGGGGUCCCGGGAGGGCGGAGGAGGCAGUGGCCCCGCGUGGGCCCCAGCUGAGAGUAGCCCACCGGAUGAGGGAGAGCCAGGCUUCCUAGGGGACCCUGAGCCGGGCUCCCAGGAGCUCCAGGACAGCCCUCUGGAGCCGUGGGGCCUGGCCCUGAAGGACGAGGUGGACAGCCUCUUCCCCGACUUCUUCGCCUGCUAG